AUGGCUGUGGGGUUGGCAGUAACAAGUGAAGGUGGGCAGUAUAAUGGCAGAGUAACAUUGUUUGUUGUCUUAUCUUGUAUGGUUGCAGCCACCGGAGGAAUUAUCUUUAGCUACGAUAUUGGAAUUUCAGGUGGAGUGACCUCUAUGGAGCCAUUUCUAAAGAGCCAACUGUUGACCUCCUUCACCUCCUUCCUCUAUGCUGCUGGCCUAAUUGCUUCCUUCUUCGCUUCACCAGUCACUACGGCCUUUCUCAUUGGUGGAGCUGCUUUUCUCACUGGUGCCGCCCUUGGUUGUGCAGCUUAUAAUGUAUAUAUGCUCAUAUUUGGCCGUGUUUUGCUUGGAGUUGGGGUUGGUUUUGCAAAUCAGAACCAUACCUCCAUUAUUAUAACUCACUAUUAUAGCACGGAUCUAGAGGCACUCACAACAACAUUAAGAGAUGAAGAAGAAGAAAGACGUUAUGACAAACUGAAAGCCGAUCAGAUGUGGUUGGGGAUGGCAAAUUUCUUUAGCCAUGGCUGCGGCCCCAGCCUCAAUUCCAACUCUGGGGGCACUUUUUCUCCCAGAAACACCCAACAGCUUAAUUCAACAAAGCAAUGCUCAUGGCAAGCCCAAACAAAUGCUGCAACUGAUGAUGUCCAAGCAGAACUCGACGAUCUCAUCAAAGCAAGCGGCAUUUCAAAAACCAUCAAAUACCCUUUUAAGAACAUCAUACGAGCAAAAUAUAGGCCUCAGCUUGUCAUGUCAAUCACAAUACCAUUCUUUCAGCAGGUUACUGGAAUCAAUGUGAUCUCCUUCUAUGCUCCAGUUCUCUUUCGAACAAUUGGUUUUGGUGAAAGUGCAUCCCUCUUGUCAUUGCUGAUAGUUGACAAAGUUGGACGAAGUUUUUUAUUUAUAGUGGGGGGAAGUCAAAUGUUUGUCUCACAGAUGUUGAUUGGAGGAUUAAUGGCAGCAAAGCUAGGGGAUCAUGGCGGGUUGAGCAAAGGUGAUGACUUAUUGGUUUUGAUCUUGAUAUGCAUUUAUGUUGCUGGUUUUGGUUUGUCACGGGGUCCCUUGGGAUGGUUAGUUCCAACUGAAAAUUUUCCACUGGAAAUUCGAUCAGCUGCACAAAGUAUUACUGUGGCAGUGGGCUUUUUCUUCAUUUUUCUUGUUGCUCAAACUUUUCUAGCUAUGCUCUGCCACUUCAAGUUUGGGAUUUUCUUCUUUUUUGGAGGGUGGCUCGCGGUGAUGACUGGAUUUGUGUGCAUGUUAUUGCCGGAGACUAAAAAUGUGCCAAUUGAACAGAUGUAUAGAAUCUGGAGAGAGCACUGGUUUUGGAAGGCAAUCGUGGCUGACGGACAUGAGGUGAGCAAGAUGGAGAGCGCGUGA